GCGGGGCGGGAGGGGCCGGCCCGGGAGCUGGAGCCCCGCGCGGCGCUAAAGCGGGUCGAGCGUCCUCCUUUUCUCCCCGCCUCUUCUCCUCCUCCCACCUGGGCCUCUGCGUGGAGACGCGCACCUGGCAACCGGAGGCCGCGUCCCCGCCUUCUCCGCUGGCGCCGGGCGCCGGGAGCCUGCCCGGGACCUCGAGACGGCCCCCGGGGCCCGCCCCUCCGCUGGAGCCGCGCUCGCUGCAGGCGGCCUCGAGCGCUCUCUCGUUGAUGCCGUUUUGAAGGUGACCGGCGCGGCGGCCGCUCUAUGCUGGGGCAGCGUUAGUGGCAGCGGCUCCGUGGGACUCCAGGGCGCGGCUGCGAGGUGGCGGGGCGCCCCGCCUGCAGUACCCCGCGCACAGCUCAGGUUUCGGGGCGCUUGAGGAGGCCGCCACGGCGGCGCGGGAGCGGAAGAUGUUGGAGCUGAGGCACCGGGGAGGCUGCCCCGGCCCAGGGGAAGCGGUGGCUCCGCCACCCCGCGAGGGAGAGGCAGCUGGCGGCGACCACGAAACCGAGAGCACCAGCGACAAAGAAACAGAUAUUGAUGACCGAUAUGGAGAUUUGGAUUCCAGAAUAGAUUCUGACAUUCCAGAAAUUCCACCAUCCUCAGAUAGAACCCCUGAGAUUCUCAAGAAAGCUCUAUCUGGUUUAUCUUCAAGGUGGAAAAACUGGUGGAUACGUGGAAUCCUCACUCUAACUAUGAUUUCAUUGUUUUUCCUGAUCAUCUAUAUGGGAUCCUUCAUGUUGAUGCUUCUUGUUCUGGGCAUCCAAGUGAAAUGCUUCCAUGAAAUUAUCACUAUAGGUUAUAGAGUCUAUCAUUCUUAUGAUCUGCCAUGGUUUAGAACACUAAGUUGGUACUUUCUAUUGUGUGUAAACUACUUUUUCUAUGGAGAGACUGUAGCUGAUUAUUUUGCUACAUUUGUUCAAAGAGAAGAACAACUUCAGUUCCUCAUUCGCUACCAUAGAUUUAUAUCAUUUGCCCUCUAUCUGGCAGGUUUCUGCAUGUUUGUACUGAGUUUGGUGAAGAAACAUUGUCGUCUGCAGUUUUAUAUGUUCGCAUGGACUCAUGUCACUUUACUGAUAAUUGUUACUCAGUCACACCUUGUCAUCCAAAGUCUGUUUGAAGGCAUGAUAUGGUUCCUUCUUCCAAUAUCAAGUGUUAUCUGCAAUGACAUAACUGCUUACCUUUUCGGAUUUUUUUUUGGGAGAACUCCAUUAAUUAAGGCUGCCUAUGUGUUAUCCAAAUACCAGUACUUUGUCUGCCCAGUGGAAUACCGAAGUGAUGUAAACUCCUUUGUGACGGAAUGUGAGCCCUCAGAACUUUUCCAGCUUCGGAAUUAUUCACUUCCACCCUUUCUAAAGGCAGUGUUGAGACAGGAAAGAGUGAGCUUGUACCCUUUCCAGAUCCACAGCAUUGCUCUGUCAACCUUUGCAUCUUUAAUUGGCCCAUUCGGAGGCUUCUUUGCCAGUGGAUUCAAAAGGGCCUUCAAAAUCAAGGAUUUUGCAAAUACCAUUCCUGGACAUGGUGGGAUAAUGGACAGAUUUGAUUGUCAGUAUUUGAUGGCAACUUUUGUACAUGUGUACAUCGCAAGUUUUAUAAGGGGCCCAAAUCCCAGCAAAGUGCUACAGCAGUUGUUGGUGCUUCAACCAGAACAUCAGUUAAAUAUAUAUAAAACCCUGAAGAUUCAUCUCAUUGAGAAAGGAAUCCUACAACCUGCCUUGAAGGUGUAACUGGAUCCAGAGAGGGAAAGACUGACAAGAAGGAAUUCUGCAGAAAAACACUGACAGAUGUUUUGUAAUUAUACAGAAAAAUAGUUAGAAAUGCAAUAGAUUGAAGUUUUGGAGACAUGUUUCUCUCUGAAAUUGCUGUGAAUAUUUAACGAACACUUACUUGAUCUAUGUUAUGAAAUAAGUAGCAAAUUGCCAGCAAAAUAUCUUGUACCUUUUCUAAAGUGUAUUUUCUGAUGUGAACUUCCUUCCCCUUACUUGCUAGUUUUUGUAAUUUAAAAGACUGGUAUUUUAAAGAGUCAAACACUAUAAAAUGAGUAAGUUGAGGAUGUUUUAAGACUGCACCUGGCAGUGUGCCUUUUUGCACAAAUAUUUACUUUUGCACUUGGAGCUGCUCUUAAUUUUAGCAAAAUGUUUUAUGUAAGGCACAAUAGGAAGUCAGUUCUUUCCUGCACUUCCUCUUCGUGUAGUCUGGAGUACUUCCUAAAGGGCUUAGUUGGAUUUAAAAAAAAAAAAAAAGAUCGUCUACUUUUCAAAGAAGUAAUCAUUUGCCAGGGGAAAAUACUCUGCCUUUAGGUAGUUUUAAAAUUCAGGGGAGGGAGCCUGAAAUUUUUGCCAUGAUUGGUUCGUUGGAAAGAAAUAGUUUAAUUUUAUCAAACUACUUCUGAUAAAAUUGUUUGGAAAAGCACAGCCUCGCAGAAACUUUUCAAGAGCAACGAAGAAUUCUGCUAUGAAGAACACAGUGUACAGAUCCUCUGCAGAUUAUCUCAACAGAGGACAGUAGCUCAGGAGGCCGCUUAAAACAAUGACCUGUGGCCUGGGCCUUCUCUAGUCAUGUGCUUCACUAUUCCUUGUUUCCCUGUGAACUGGCUUCCAUGGUUCUGUAGGGUAGAGAGUCGGGAUUGUGGCUGUAGUGGAGCAGGAGAUACUCACUCGAGUGGGAGUGACCCGCCCCCACGUCCCUGACGCCUCACUGCUGGCUUCUAGUGCAGCUUUUUGUAGACUUGCCUCGCAAGAAUGAAGAUCUGCCUGGAGACCCGAUCCCAGUCCAGCUUUUUGGUCGUAGGUCACCUUUGUCCCAUUGCUCUUUUGCAUCAUGUCGUAAAAUCUGAGGAUAUCAGCUGAUUAUUUUUUCUUCCAAGAAUGAAAAUCAAGCAGGAUUGAUUCCUACCAAGAACAAAAAGCACACGAAUGCCAAACCUUUCCUUUGGUGGACUGGACACUAACCAGAUGAGAGUAAAUUUCUUAUCGGUGAACGUAUGUAAGCUACUGCUGCCGUGUGCUCUCCCAGCUAUAUUUAUUGUAUUAAACAGUCAGUACUAAACCUUCAAAAAUUGCCCAAUGCUCCUAGUUAAAUGUUCAGAGGGGAGAAAUAGAUAUAUUUUAAAUAAUGUUUUGCUAAUGAAAAGAGUAAAUAUUUUUGUUUAAAUCAGCAAAAACUUUCCAUUAUUUUAUAUUUCCGCCUGACUACUAUACCUAAAACAAAAGAUUGCAGCUAUACCUGGGUUCCACUGACGCAGUCAGCCAGCAGCCUUGUCAAAUGUACAUGUGAUUAGACAUAGAUUCACUCAGUACCAAGAGUCCAUUUUAUGGGCAUACAUUCAUCAUCAAGGCAUGUGUUCAGCCAGUGUAUUUCACACUAUCCAUACAAAUCUAAAUUUGGUAUUGGAAAUGUUAUAGAAGGGAAUGAUCACUUUUAAAAUUAGGCCACCUACAAGUUUAAUUUUCAACAUCUUGUGUUUUCCUUUUUCCCAUUACAGCUUCAAAUAUUGGUCAUAAAAAAUUUAGGCUAUCAAAGUUUAAAUAAAAUGAAAAUUUUGUGAUAAGAACUUACAUUAAAAACUUAGUAGUUUGCAUGAGAAAGAACUCUUGAGAUUCGCAGAUCCUCCCCCCCCAUUUUUAUUUAAAAUAAUUGGUAAGGCAUUGAGAUACAGAAUUAUAAGAAAGCAUUACUGAAUAUGUGUGUUAUAAAAUCAGUGUUAUUAAAACCAAAUAUGAAGCUAGAAAUAUUUGGGAUCACAUUAAUAGCUUUUCUCAAAUGUACUUUUAGAGUUGAAUGUACAUUAUUCUAUAUGUUUAAAAAAGCAAAUUCUUGAUUUUAACAGAGCUCUCAAGAUCGACCUUUUAGGCAUACUUUGAUAGCAUGUAUAUUAAAAUAGAAUAUAUUUUAGCAGAAGAUUGCCAUAGAACCCUGACUUGGAUCAUUUUGAUGUUUGCACUGUGAAAAUGGCUUAAAUUCCAGUGUAGCCAUGCGGUGGUAGAAAAAUGAAAAGCUAGGAAUCACAGGAAUGCCUAAUUGGUCCAGAUUUGUUAUUUUGGAGGUACUCUACUGGUACCUCCUGUUGGACUCUGACCUGUGGGGUGCCCAUUCUUCCUCGGUGCUUUCCCCUUGUGGUGGUGAUGCACAUUCACUCUCUGAGAGUAAAAGACCACACACCCCUCUUUUAAAAAUUAUAGUAUCUCUUCAUUUUCACUUUGGUUUGAACGAAGGUAGUGUCACCUAUUCCAUAAAAAAGAAAAAGCAUAAACAGUGUAUAUUUAGGGUAUAAAUAUAUGGGUGAUAGCCUAUGAUACGUGUCAAUCAGUUCUCUGAAUCUUUUACUGAAACAGAUAGGAAAAUAAAACCGAAAUCAUAUUUCGA